GCCGCCGGAGCCGCUGCCAGGGAGGCUCGGGCAGCUCCGCGGCCCCAGCUCGGUUUAGGAGCAGGUGCCUCGGUGGCGCAGCCUAAGCGGUGACAGGGCGCGCUCGCUGGAAAGCGGUUUUGCCCUUUUUCUUUCCCUGCCUUUGCCCUUUUUCUUUCCCCACCUUAACUCUGUGGAAAGUUGUUGUCCUAAUGGCACGCUUCAUACCGCUUCGCUCAGAAAAGAUCCGAAGCGCUGGCUUCAGCCUGGCGCAGAAGCCGUUCGGAGCCACCUUCGUCUGGAGCAGCAUCAUCAGCGCCCUCCAGACUCAAGUGGAAGUGAAGAAGCGCCGCCACAACCUCAAGAGUUACCACGACUGCUUCAUCGGCUCGGAUGCAGUGGAUGUUGUCUUUGCCCACCUCCUGCAGAACAAGUACUUUGGGGACGUGGAUAUCUCCCGGGCUAAGGUGGUGCGGGUGUGCCAGGCGCUGAUGGACUGCAAAGUGUUCGAGGCCGUCUCCACCAGGGUCUUUGGCAAAGACAAACGCUCCGUGUUUGAGGACAGCAGCUGCAGCCUCUACAGGUUCACAAACGCCCCCAGCCAGCCGGAGCUUGAGAAGGAUUACCAGCAGUGUACCCCGCAGAGAUACGGGAACAGCACGUUGCUCUACUCUACCCCAUUCAAAUCAGAAAGCUUGGAGGAUCUUUGGGAAAACCUGAGUCUAAAUCCUGCAAGCAGCCCUCAAGUAAACAUCUCCGACAGCUUGUCCCGUCGAGUUAUUAAUGAAGUGUGGCAAGAACAAACGAUUGCUCGCCUGCUGCAGCUGGUGGACCUCCCUCUGCUGGAGUCUCUGCUGGAGCACCAGGAGAUCCGAGCUCAGCUGCCAGAGCCCAGGAAGGCACCUGGCUGUGUCAUCUCCAGCAACUACCUGGACAGAGAGAUCCUCAAGGCUUUCAGUGACUCUCAGACAGACGAGUGGCUCUCUGCAGCAAUUGAUUGCUUGGAAUAUCUUCCUGAUCAUAUGGUGGUGGAUAUUAGCAGGAACCUGCCUGAUCAGCCAGACAAAGCCGAUUCCUGGAAGCUGCUGCUGUUUGAAAACAUUGGGAGAUACUACAGCCAAAAAAAGGAGCCACUCUUAAGCCAUGCAUCUGAAAUUCAUUUAGGAAUUGCAGAACUAUUAGUGAAUGGGAAGAUGGAGCAGUCUUUAGAAGCUGUUCAGCUCUAUUUGAAGCUCCUAGACAGCCAAGUGAGGGAGGAGUUCAGGAGACUGCUGUACUUCAUGGCUGUUGCAGCACAUAGUUCUGAGCUCAAGCUACAGAAGGAGAGUGACAACAGGAUGGUUGUGAAAAGGACAUUCUCUAAAGCUAUUAUCAACAAUAAAAACCUGUCCAGAGGGAAAACUGACCUCCUGAUCUUGUUCCUUGUGGACAACCAGAGAGAUGUGUUGAAGGUCCCAGGGGCACUGCACAAAAUGGUCAGCAAUAAACUGCUGGCCCUGCAGAAAGGCCAGGAUCCCAGCAAGAUACCAGGUUAUACCUUUUGCCAAAAGCUGGAUGAGAGAGAGUAUCGCUCCAACACGGAGAAGACCACAAAAGAUGAGCUGUUCUCUCUGUUGAAAGCUAUUGAUGAAGAUUCAAAGCUCUCUGACAAAGAGAGAAAGAGGCUGCUAGAUCAGUUUCAUAGUAGUAAUCCAAGCAUUUUUAUGCAGUAUUUUGGAGACAGAGUUACUAAUGUGUGUAAAUAUUGAUUACUUUGUAUACCCCAGCAGUGAAAACACUAAUAUAUUUGUAAAUCUUUUAUAUUCAUGUAUCUGCCUAAUAAAGUUAUUUUGUGGAAAUUG